AUCAAACGGUGAUCAGUAGCUCGAAAGAAUCAUGAAUUACUUUUAUGAGUUGACCUAUCUCUUAAAUGGGAUAUCUGUCAGAGGAAGAAAGUGCUGUUUUGUAGAGAGGCGAGUUUAAAGAGUUGGUAGUGUUGAAAUGUUGCGCGCUCUCUCUCUCUUCCCUUCCACGGGGCGCAACUUACAAUCAAGGAGGAGCCGAGAGUCCUGCGGGGUUUUCUCCUGGAACCUGCUAGUCAAAUAUAAAGCGCUUCCUCCCAUCCACCAGGAAAGACUGAACCAUAACUCAGAAGAGGAGCCGCUGCCUGAGCACAUCUGUGCUUUCUCCCAAAUCCGUAGCGAUCCAUUUGCAGAGGAGAGCGCGCAGAUGGCUGCUCUCAUCAGCGCGUACUCGUCGUGGCCGGAGUCCUUCGAGUGUCCUCCGGGAGACGGAGACGGAGCCGACGGGCAUGGUCCUCACAGGAAUGCCGGGGAAAAGGCGCCGGAGCCGCGGAUCAGACGACCCAUGAACGCGUUCAUGGUUUGGGCCAAAGAUGAGCGCAAACGGCUGGCGAUUCAAAAUCCUGACCUGCACAAUGCCGAGCUCAGCAAAAUGUUGGGCAAGUCAUGGAAGGCCCUCACUCCCCCUCAGAAGAGGCCCUAUGUUGAGGAAGCAGAGAGGCUUCGGGUGCAGCACAUGCAGGACUACCCCAACUACAAGUACCGGCCUCGCCGGAAGAAACAGCUGAAACGCAUCUGCAAGCGAGUCGACCCUGGGUUCCUCCUGAGCGGGCUGGCUCCUGACCACAGCACUCUGCCAGAUCAACGAGCCCUCUGCCACCCCCUCGACAAAGACGAGGGCAGCCCUAAUGGAGCCGUCACCAGCUUUUCCAGCUCCAGCCCUGCUCUCCCCAGCGUCAGAAGCUUCAGAGACCCGGCUGGCUCCAACAGCAGCUUCGACACCUACCCUUACGGCCUGCCCACCCCUCCUGAGAUGUCCCCGUUAGAUGCGGUGGACCACGAGCAAAUACCCCCCUCUUAUUACUCAACAUCUAGUAGCUCCUCUGUUUCCUGUUCUUCCUCAGUCUCCUGUCCAGACGAGCACCACCAGAAUCAGACACACAUGGGCAGCCCGCCCCCUUACCACUCUGAUUACACUCACGCCCAGAUUCACUGUGGGGGCUCACACUUAGGUCACAUCUCUCACAUGUCCCAAACUGGAGGCGGCAGUGGACUGAUCCCUGGCCCACCCCUGUCUUUUUACAGCUCCCCACCUUUCCCCCAGAUUCACCACGGGGUCCACCAGGGCCACCUGGGUCAGCUGUCCCCCCCACCAGAGACACAAGGUCACCUGGAGACUCUAGACCAGCUGAGCCAAGCUGAGCUUCUCGGUGAAGUGGACCGCAAUGAGUUUGACCAGUACCUGAACUCUACCGCGAGCGGCUUCCACCCGGAGCAGGGCAGCGGCAUGACCGUUACAGGACACAUCCAGGUGGCAUCUGCCGCCACCACUUCUGCCACUACGUGUCCCAGCAGCUCCACAGAAACCAGCCUCAUUUCCGUGCUAGCAGACGCGACGGCGGCCUACUACAACAACUAUGGCAUCUCAUAAGCGUGGUCACAACUCCUAUUGAAUGCGUGACUGAUCAAAGACACUACAAAGGUUGAAGAAAUUUAGGACGAUGUUGCACUUGGGUGCUGAUAAAAGGGAAACCCUUAGCAUCUAAGGGCAAAUGAAUCCAACCAUGAUUAAAAACUGAACUGAUUACAGAGCAAUAUGAUUGUCUGGAGCCAGGGAAAGAACAAAGAGCAAUUGGAGGACUGUGAAGAGAAGGAGAUGGACACCUCAGGGAUGCAGACACAAAACACUUACAGUAUGCCACCUCCAGUUGUCAUGAAAUCUCUAAACCAGUAAAACAGUCGGAAAAAAAAGAAAGACAAAAGACUUGUUUGUCCACUUGUAAAUGUCACCAGUUACUGUUGCCAGCGAGUCAUGUACAGAUGCUAUUUAGAAGCUAAUUUAAGUCCUUUGAUGUUUUGCAUAAAUGCUAACUGUAAUGCUCUUAUCAGCGCUUUCCAUUCGAAUGUUUGUAUCAUGUUCCUGCUCUCAUUAGUUUGGGAGUCUUACCUCAGUAGUUGUAAUUGAAUGAGGUUUUAGUUUGGACAUUUCUUAUGCAAUUUAACAAAGUGAUGUAUAUGAUGAUGACAGAAAGGCGUUUAUACUUCUUCUCAAGUACUUAAUAAUAUAUAAUCGACCUCUACAAUGAAAAAUAAUAAUGCUAACUGUAACUGUAUGCUGAUUUAGGUUUGUGAAAGACAAUAAUUUAAAAAUAAAGGUCAAUUUUUAUAUUAAGGCUGCUUGGAUAAUGAGCCUGCAGAUUUUUAAAAGGCACAAUUUUGAGCAUCUCUUAUAAACAGGAGAUUCAUAUCUGACCUGGGGAAGGUAAGUUCAGGCAGUGCUAGUUAAGUCCUAAUAAAUACAUUUAGAUUUCUAAAUAAAAAAAAAACUGAGGAUAGCAGGAGUCCUGCUAGUCUCCAUGAACAAAUCGGGGAGGCGGGGGGAGAAAGAUCACAUCCAUCUUUGAAUUGAGUGUCACACCGUGUAUUCUUCUAUUUCAGGCUCUGUCUAGCUGUGAGAGGCCCAUUCUACACACCCACUCCCCUGCUGGCUUUUUCCACCCUACAUCAUCUUUCUCCAUCCGUCUCCUCUCGCUUUCAUUUCAUCCCGGUUCAGAGGAUUAGUGUAAAACAGGCACAUUCGUCGGCGCCCGCCUCCAUCUCAACCAUCCUUUGUUUUCCUAUAGUCUUAUUCUGGGUGCCAUUCUUCGGCACGCUGGACCCCCUCCUUCUACACCCACCCCCUCACCCCACGUUAUAUCUUGCUGAUGCAGACCUUUCGUAAUCUGUGGAAAAAAUAAGUAAAAAAAAUUACUGUUUUACCUUCCCCCCCACCUCCAAACUCUCCACUCCUCCCCUUCUCAACCUCUCUGUUCUCUUGAAUUUUUCUUUUUUCGAUAAAAGGAAUUCAGGGGGCUUUUGACAAAUCCUGGAGUCUGGCUGGUCUUCCUGCAUUUUUUGGGAAUGGUUGAGUCGUGCUUCUUGUAAAGAGGAUGUGGCGGAGGAGCGGUGUUUCCUGACUGAUAAGGGAAAAGCCUCUCUCCGUCAGGAUGUUUGGGCCUGGCUGGGCCCUGCAUUAAAGAGUCAGAGUGAGGGAAGGGAACCCGCUGUUCAGCAGCAGGAGGAAACGGUGCCGUGUUGAUUAGCAUCUUACUUAUCCACUAUUUUUCGGGGAAAGUCUCUGUCAACCUGGCCUAUUGUACCUUGACCACAAACAUAAAGACACAUCACACAAACAUACACAAUAAUGAGCUUAAAGCAGGUUUGUUAUCCUGAAAACAACAGUUGUAGUGAGCACACACACUAACUCUGACCCCUAUAGUUACCCACAGUCAACCACAAUUGUGUAUUUUCUGACACAGCUCAUGGCAGAUGUGAUAAAACGCGCCAGAAUGACAACAUUCAUCAUAUACUCGUCUUUGCAGCCGGCUGGUAUUGGUGUUCAUUUCUCUGAGGUUACAUCAUUACCCUCUGUAGCUGCAGGGUUUAAAACUCUGUGGAGGGUCAAUAUGCACGCAACCAUAUUCUGAUUGUCGGACGGGUGGUGCCCCAGGCAUUUAAGGUGAGAAGGGAAUCGCUGAUGGGGCAUCAGCCUCACAAGUGUCAAGGUCAGCUCGGGGUGCUAGUGCAGACUCCCUUGGUAAAGAUGACCAGCAAUGUCUCAACAAUCAAAUCCACCACCUCAGGGUAGGACGCCGUGACAAGGACAAAAACGCAAGCAUCAACUGAGUAUCAUCUGACAUAAAUUACAGAACAAAGCAGAAGUUUGUUCAGAAUGAAGGAGGCUGUUUUUUUCAGUGGUAGUAGAUUUCAGCAACAGCUAAAGGGCCUAAUAAUAUACACACAUAAAUAUACAUGAAGUAGUUUUCCUAAAUUACAGACACAGUCCUGGCUUUUUAUUAUUAUACAAUACCUUUUUCUAAUUAAUAUUUUUUUUCAAUGCUUUAUUUAGCUGUUAUCAUUUAAAACAGGAAUGUCAAACUCAUUUUACAUUGUAGGUCAUGUACAGCCAACUUUGAUCUUAAGUGAGCCAGAGCAGUAAAACUCCUGUUUCUGUCAGUGCAGAGAAGUUUAACUAAACGUUUAAUCAUUGAAAAAGAAAAGAACAACAAUUUCAAGAAAAACAUCUGUCUUUUUCCACAUGAUAAAGAAGUGCUGCUUUGGGCUUAACUUGUAAGAAAUACAUGUGUAAAAUUACUCUCCAGCAGUUAUAAAACAAAAACUGUUUUUUAUUUGACAGAAUGUGCCCUUUUUGGGUU